GUGAAGACUGUGCUAGAGAAAUGAUGAGUUCAGAAAGCCAACCUGCAGUGAGUUCUGCACGAUCACGUUCUCAUGGGGCUUCCCUGAGGAACCUUAAUGUUGGGAGGUUGGGGAAGAUUCCUGACUGGUGUGGUUGUGGAAUGCGUCCAUUGCUUCGCUGGUCUGGAACAAAUGCUAAUCCUGAUAGACCCUUUUAUGGGUGUCCAAAUUAUAAUAGUUCUGGGAGAAUGUGGUGUGGUUUCUUUAUGUGGGCAGACGGUGAAGAAGAACAGAGUUUAGUGGGCAAAACACAACCUACAAGCAGUGAUGAUAGUUGGAAGAUGAAUUUAGCAUGGAGAAUUACUUCAAUGGAAGUUGAAAUUAGGUGUUUGAAAAUAUGGAUUAGUAUUUUAAGUUUGGUUAUUUGUUUAGUUGUGUUUCUGAUUGUUAUGUAUGGUGUAAGUAUGAUUAAAUUUUGAUUAAAAGUGUGGACCUGAAGGUGUGUACUCUGAGGGUGAAUGAAAGUAUUGUAUUCAGAAUUUUAUGAAAAAGAAGCAUGGUUUUAGCUCCUCUGGUACAUAUGUCAUAUUGCAAUAGUAAGAAAGGAAAACUAAAUAUUAAACAUAUUGGUACCAUUUAUAAACCUGAAAUAAAGGUCUAUAUUUAGUGAAUAUCCAAAAGCAUUGCUUGCCAACAACUGAACAAAUAUCCAGAAAGUCAUUA